AUGCCAGACCGCACUAUGGAGGCCGGGAUCGAGAUGAGUACCGUCACCGAUCCCCGGGAUCGCCUCCACGACGAGGAAGACAAGGAUACAGAGACCGUGAUCACGAGGGAUACCGGUCCCCAGGAUAUAGCCGUGGAGGGAGCUACAGUCGCAGUCGCAGCCCUCGUCGAGGGCAGUCCAGCUUUGGCCAAGAGAAUCGGAGUUGAGCUAGAAAAUGCUUACCAUAUAAUCGGCCUGGAGGAAAUAAGAGUAAUUCGAGAUCGACACACGAAGGUGUCGCGACAGCUGGGAUUCCUUCGAUUUCACUCUAUUAACGAGUCAAGGGCUUUCCUCGAAGCGAACCACCCAUACAUCUAUCUCUAUGGCCCGAGUGCCGGAGAUAACGAUCGAAGCACCAGAGUUCGCAUUGCGUACAGUCGUGAGAGAGAAGACAGAGCUCGAGUAAAAGCAGAAGGCGACUGGACCUGUCGGAUGUGUGCUGUCGUCAAUUUUGCAACUCGUCCAAAGUGCUUCCGCUGCAAUGCGCCCCGGCCUGAGGUGGCUCCCACUGGCCCACCGGGUGUUCCUGCACCGAAAGUUGUGAAUAAUGGCGACAAUGAUGCCGCCCCCGAAAAUCAACCAUCUCAAUUUCUCCUUUUCCGAGGCUUGGAGUCAUCCGUGUCAGAAGAACUUUUGGCAAAAGGUGUUGCGAAGCUGUACCGACCCAGUGCGGGAAGCAAUGAUAUUGUUUCCUCGAACAACCCGAAGAAAGGGGCCAAAGUGGCGUCGACAACUGGGGAUUCAAAUCUUGGAGCUCGGGAGGGUUCUAUCCGGCGUGUCUUGCUGGUUCGUGACAGAAAAACCAAUGAUAGCUGGCGCUUUGGAUUUGCUGAAUUCGCGAAUGUGAUGGAUGCUCAAGCCGCCAUGACUAGGUUGAACUCAUUCGAAAAGUUCACCAUCUCGUCUAGACCGGUCAUGGUCAGCUAUAUCCAUGCCGGUGUCUUCGUACCAGUUAUGGACCCUAAGCCUAGCACGGCCCACUUCACUUUUAGCCCACUGUCAAAUCCUUCCGUUAAACUCAUGUACUGGGAUGACGAAGGGUAUGUGACUGAGCUGAUGCUUACAUCAGACGAAGACGAUGUUGGUCAAGAUCAACCCAAAAGCACCAAGUCUGGGGGCCAACAACACCAUGAAGCCAAGGGAACUAAGGAAUCCGACAAAGCAAAGAAGAGGAAGGCUGAUAAGGUUGAUGUUGCAGCAAGUGCGAAUGCAAAAAAGCUCGCCGUGCCAUCACACCUGCAAUUUUGGAGUAACCGCCAUGCUGAGCUCCACGGUAUACCAAAGGCCAGCGAUGAGAACCCCGUGGAUGGUGCAACAGAACCAAGCGCCCCGCCUGCUCAAUCAUAUGCCGACUUGAACCGGAACUGCUGCUAUCUCUGCAUGCGCCAAUUCAAAAGUUCAGCUAAUGUCAACCGGCACGAACGGCUUAGCCAGCUCCACCGAGAGUACCUGCAAAACGAGGAGGCGAAGGCACGGGGAAUGGCCAAGCUCAUCAAGCAUGGAAUCAUCCAGCAAUCUUCAUCCGAAUAUCGUGACCGUGCAAGGGAACGCCGCCAGGCGUUUGGUCGUACCAAGGCCGGACCUCGACAAAAGCCAGCCGCUCCGAAGGAUGAGGAAGAACCGUUAGUGCAGACUAAUUCGAAGGGGGCCUCACUGCUCAGCAAGAUGGGCUGGUCAGUAGGCUCAGGGUUGGGUGCUCAGGGUACUGGUGUGACUGCGCCUAUCGCCACCGAGGUCUAUGCGCAGGGCGUGGGGCUGGGAGCACAAGGAGGCAAACUUGGAGAUGCAGUUGAAGAAGCAGGACGGAAUACCCGUGGCCGAUAUGAUGAAUUCUUGGAGAAGACAAAGGAGACAGCUCGCCAGCGCUACGAUCAGAUGAAUCGGUGA